CGGACGAUUUAUAUAUUUAUGUUUUUGCGUACGUUCGUAUUGACAGAAGCAGAAAAGAAGAGCGACUAGUUUUAAUCACGGAGUGUGUUGUAUUACGCAAAAUUAUUAUUUGAAACGAAUUUAUCGAAAAAGAACGGAAAUUGUUCAUUAAUUUUGGAAAAGAUUAAAAACAAAUGUUUUUUCGCUGGUAUUUUAUUAUGUUAAGAUCGUAAAAGUGGCUUUUGUAAGCGAUAACUUAAGUUUUGAGCGAUACUUCCUCCAAAAAAUGCAGCAAGUCGACGAUCCUCCCUAUUUGACGGUGGGCACGGAGGUAAGCGCCAAAUACAAGGGCGCUUUUUGUGAGGCAAAGGUGCGCAAAGUGGUUCGCAAUAUCAAAUGCAAGGUUGCUUAUAAGCAAGGUCUUGGCUCUGGCACCGUUUCUGAUGACCAAAUCAAAUGCGAACUAUUGCGCGUCGGUGCCACAGUUGAAGUCAAACAUCCUGAUCGACGUGAAUUGGUGGAAGCAACAAUUACAAAAAUUCAAGAUUACUCUCAAUACACGGUUGUUUUUGAUGACGGCGACAUCACAACAUUACGUCGUAGUGCAUUGUGUUUGAAGAGUGGACGACAUUUUAACGAAAGUGAAACAUUGGAUCAAUUACCAUUGACGCAUCCAGAACAUUUUGGGAAUCCAGUGAUUGGCGGACGCCGUGGUAGAAGUUUGGAAUUGUAUAAAAAGAGUGUGGCACGCUCACGGCAAGGUCAAACGCCAGAUGAAAGUUCCGAAGAAGAUGAAGAACCGGAAGCAGUUAAGCCACGUAUCGUUGAGAAAGAAGAGCACAUUGGUAAAAUAGUGUGCGUUGAAAGUACGGAUACGAAAAAGAAAGGGCCCAAAGAAAAUUGGUUUCCCGCACUGGUUGUGGCACCAACCGCACAAGACACUGUACGAAUUCGUGUUAAAGAAGAGUAUUUAGUGCGUUCAUUUAAAGAUGGUCGCUACUAUACGGUUCCAAAGAAAGAGGCCACGGAAUUUACACCCGAACAAGCUUCAAAAUUGGAUACACCAGCUGUGGCCGCCGCUUUAGAAUAUUCGCAAAAUGAUUGUCUGCCAGCCCAUUGGGAUCGUGAAGUAUUAUUUGGUUUGGGCAAUUCAUCGAGUGAUUUUUACAAUGAAUUCGAUUCGGAUACAUCAGACGAUGAGCCGACUGAAGAGAAAGAUCAUUUUGUUGCCCAAUUAUAUAAAUACAUGGAUGAUCGUGGAACGCCAUUGAAUAAAGGUCCAUCGAUUAUCAAUAAAGAUGUUGAUUUAUAUCGAUUGUACCGUGCCGUACAAAAACUUGGCGGUUAUAAUCGCGUUACAUCGCAAAAUCAAUGGAAACAAAUUGCGAUUCGAUUGGGUUUUGUGCCAACAACAACAAGCAUUCAAAAUUUAGUGAAACAAGCCUAUAAGAAAUUCCUAUUGCCAUUCGAAGAAUUCGAUCGUAAAUUGGGCUGUUCGAUGGUUGCACAUCCACGAGCUAAUCGUAUAAAAGGUCGCAGUUUGGUGCGUGCUAAUUCAGUGGCGUCACCGAAACCAGAAAAAGAAGCCAAAUCCACCACAUCCGCAGCUGAAGAAUCAGAAAAUACAAGCGAAUCGAGCAUCGAUACAAAACCAAAAACAAAAGUCGUUGGUAAAGUAAAAUCGCUGGUUGAUCGAUAUGAAGAGAAAACUGAAGAAAAUAAACGCGAUUUAAAGGAUGUGAAAGAAAAAGAGACCAACAGAAAAGAUAAGGAUGUUGCAUCAAGCUCAAAGACUGAUGUGCCCGUAACGCCGACAACAAAAAAAGAGAAAACGAACAAAAAGCAGGUCACACCACAGGUGGACGAGAAAAAAGGCAGAAAAAAGGGAAAAGAUAACGAAAACAGCGAAAAGAUCAAAUUGGAACCAGAUGAUGGCAAAGAGAAAAUCGAUACAGUCAAUGUUCAACCAAUUAAUGUUGGCGAUAAAUUACGCGUAUACUAUCACGAACAAAAGGUCACCUACGAGGCGAAAGUUAUUGAAAUUUCACAUGAUCAAUUGAUGUAUCUCGUACAUUAUACCGGCUGGAAUACCAGGUACGAUGAAUGGGUGCCAAAAGAGCGAAUUGCCGAAAAUCUAACGAACAGUAAAACGAAUAAGCGUUCAAAGGCUGGCGUUAAAAAUGAACCCAGAUCGGGUAGUUCAACAUCGGAAAAAUUACCCGGACCAUCACCUGUCAUUCGUUCAUCGAGCAAACGAAAUCGUGUGAGUUCAAGAGGCGAUUCACAACCGCCACGUUCAACAACACCAUCAUCAAUUGCAUCAAAUUCAAGCCGAACAAAAUCGCCAGCAACACCGGCACAACAACGUCGCACAACACGUGGCCAACCGGGAAAAUUACGACGAAAUUCCAAUAACACUGACAUAUCAUCACUGCAAACCGAUUCAGACAGUGAUUCCGAUGAGCCAGUUGUAAAAAAGCCAACACCUUCUCGUAUCAUUCAUUUAAAACGUAAACCGGUGUUUGGUGCCAAAGCAAAAGCAAAACGAGAAGCAGUCAUUGAAGCAAUUGAAAUUAAGAAAGAAAAAGAUUCGAAUCCAAGCUCCGAAGAAGAAACAUUGGCCAGUACAGCGGCCAAGAGUCGCGGUGAAUUUGAAUUAAAUCAGAUGCGUUCCGCGUUGAAAGGAUUCAAUGAUAUUGAAAAAACAUCAAUUGAAUCAAAUGUAUCCAGUUCAGCGACAAUGGUUGAAAAGAAAUUCGAUUAUAUACCAAAAGUUGAACCAAUCGAAAUAUCAAAUACGACAACAGCAACAAUAAGCAAUACAACAAAUGUUAGCACAAGCAUCACAUCACGAACGAAAAUAUCACCACAAGAAAAUUCAUCCGAAACCGAUUCGUAUGGUGAUGAAGAUUCACAAUUUUCCGAUAAAACUACCACACUUGAAAAUGUGUCGGAUAAAUUUAAUAAAUUUUUAUUUGAUAAAAAUGCAACAAGUAACAAACAUGAAAUGGUAGCCACACUUAAGCAAUCAGGUAUUGAGAAAAUCAUUAAAAGCACACUGGCCGAAAAGCAAAAAUUGUUGCCCGAAAAAUCAAUGAUGAAAACACUUGGCGAAAGAGCAGCAUUGAAAGAUGUCGAAAAGAAGACGGAAAAAGACACCUCAGACGAAAAAGAUGCUCAACCAUCUACAACAGAACAUGAUGACAAGGAAACGGCUAAGGAGAUAAAAACCACCACACCGGUCACAAGUGGCUCCGAACAAAUAUCGGUUGUAACUGUAAAAGUUGAGAUGGAUAGAAAAAGUGGAAAAGUCAUGGGAUCGACAGUUGUAAAACCGCUGACACAAACGACGGAAUCAAAAUCAGAAAUUAUCAAAACUACCAAACCACCCGAAGAAGAGAACAAAAUCGAAACACCAUCACAAACAAUCCCAACGAUAUCAUCACCACAACCCACCAAUCAAGAGAAAUCAACAGCCUCUGAAUCCAUUGUUGACACUGAAGUCACGGUGAAAGUUGAAGUGAGCGAAAAAAGUGUAUCGACAUCGAAACAAAUUUUUGCCGAUAAAUCGAAACCAUUUAACAAAUCAGCGCUUCGACAGCCGCUUGUAGCUCCAAAAGAAGAAACAAAAACCACUGAAUCGGGUACAGAUGCCAGUAGUAGCAACAGUAGCAGCGCAUCUUCAACAACAACUGCAGCAGCAGCAGCAGCAGCAGCAUCAACAUGUGAUAUUUAUGAGUUUAAGGAGCCAGAACUUUUUGAAUUCGAAACAUCAAAAAAACUAUCGCCCGAAACGGAUAAAAAAGCCAAACGAAAGACACAAACCGAAUCAAUAAAACCACCACCUUCAUUAUCAACGCCGACAUUAUCGCCAUUAUCAACAUCAUCGUCAUCACCACCAUCGGUUGCGCCAGCCAAGCGAACAAAAAAAUUGAGCAAAGAACCAGAAAAGGCCAAAGAAAGUGAUGAUCAAAAAUUAGCAAAACCAAUAGCAUCAGCCGGUUCUGUAUUUAAUGUGCGUGGCGAUUUAAUAUUUGAUACGCUACGAAAGUCACCAUGCUAUAUGCCAGAUCAAGUUGAUGAAGAAAUGAUGAUGAACGAAGAUUGUCCAUCAACAUCCGAAGCGAUACCCGUACAACAAUUGCAAUCCGAGAUUAAGCCAUUGUUUAUCAAUUCAUUUGUGGAUGCAACGCCCGAGGAAACAUCAAAAAUAUUCGAUUUAAAGAGUGGCGUAAGCGAUUUCAAAGAAGAUUUGGAAAAAGAAUUGGAAUCGGUGAAAAAGAUUUUGUUGAGCGAUGAGGUGCUAAAUCAAGAACCACCAAAAAUUGACAAACCAUCAUCAAUUGCUGAUAAAGUUUUGAAAGCGCUUCAUUCACAACAACAAUUGCCCGCAUCACUGAAUGCCGCCGAAUCAUCAUCAGUCGAAACAUUAGCAGCGACAGCGCCAGCAGCAGCAGAAGCAACAAAUGAAGCUGAUCCAGCCGACAUUGUGACACCAAUCACGGUCGAUGUAAUGCCAAAAGCCUUAACAACAUUUGAUAAAUCGGUUACACCAUCCACAUCCACAGCUGCAGUAAGCUGUGGAGAGUCAGCGAUGACAUCAACUCGAGCCAGUUCAUCAUACCGGGCGGGCAUUUCACCAAAUACAGAGACAACUACCAUUAAACCUGUGCUGAAUAAGAUUGAUAUUCUCGAAUCAAUAUCACCGAAAAAUAAUGAUCUCAGUGAAACGAUUCAAAAAUUGGAAUCGGCCAUUCAAAAAUCGGGCGAACAUACUCAUAUGUCGGAAGAUACGUCGGACAGUACUGAUUCUGAGCAACGGCUUAUCAUUGAAGAUGAAUCUCAAAGUUCAGAAACACCAAACGAAUUUGUGCUCAGCAAACAAGAGAGUGAUCAAUCGUAUGGCGGCAAACAAAUAAGCAAAGAAAAGACAUCGACCACCAUAACAGUCAUUUCAUCGGUUAGCGAUAAGAAAAUUUAUGGUUUCGAUGAAAAAGAACUUGCCGAUCAAUCAAUAGCAACGAUGGCUGCAGUAGCUGCAACUGCAAUGGCUGCAGAAAUAUUGCCGACACCAUCAUCUUCGUCGGCACAACCAUCGUCAACGUCAGUGGUAAUCACCGCUACUUCAAAUGUUACAAAUACAAUCGCAAGCACAGAAUCAAAGGUUUCAGAAGAGCCAAGCAGCAUUAGUAGCAAUGAACAAACUACAACAAUAAAAACCGAUGAACCAGCUGAUAAAGUUAAAAUUGAGGAUGAACUUGCCGCUGAAAAUGCUCAAAAUGAAUCAAUUUCAUUGUUAUUGUGCGAAGAAACCAUUCCGGGUUCACCAGCACCAGCUUAUCCAAAGGAACAAUGUGAUUUAAUCAAAAAGAAUUAUGAUAGUAUAUUCACUAGUCCAUUGACCGUGGCUGAAGUUGAUGCUAAACAUGUUCCCACCGAAUCCAGUACCUCUGCUACCACCGAUGCAAAACAAAAUAAGAGCAAAAAUGCCACACCACGCAGUUCGCCACGUGAUUCAUUGAGUCAAGAGGAUAGCAGCGAGGAAAAUAAUAAAAAACAAGAACAUGAACGAAUUGGAUCAUCAAAGAAGCGACGCUGUACGCGUAAGCAAUCAGAGGCUGAAGCAGCAUCGAAACGAAGAAAGGCAGCUACGAGACGAAAUACCCAAACUGGCUCUGAAAGUGAAGAUAAUUCUGAUGCAAUAACCACGCAUAAAGUGCAACGACCAUCAAAAUCACAUCAAUAUAAUUUCCUUGUUCAGCUGGAUCCGGAUAUGAAUAGUAGCCAACGAAUAACAUUGCUAAAGAAAAAGAUUCAAGAUUUGCGUAAAACAUACAUAAUGGUCAAAACGGAGCUAGCAAGUAUUGAUCGACGGCGUAAAAAAUUGCGUCGCCGUGAACGAGAGAUGAAGAAAAAUGUACAAAAACAAUUGCAACAACAAUUGCAGCAGCAACAAAAUCAGCAAAUAUUGGUACAAGUCGAAAAUCAUCCAACAAUAAUAAUGUAAAUUUUUGCGAGUCAAGACACAAACACACACACACACACACAUGUGUUUGUUCUUUUUUUAUUUACUGUAAGACAAAUUGCAAAAA